AUGGCUGAGGACCUAGAGCGACGGCAGUCCAGGGAGAUGGCCGUCGCCGACCCGCAGAGGCUGGACACGGGCCGCAUCCGCUGGCUGAGCCGGGCCAUGGAGGAGCUGCUGGUGAACCCGUACGAAGACAUGCGGCGCAGCUUGCAGAACAUCCGCGAGUGCCUGCUCGAGUCGCGCAACAUCGGCCGCGUGCUCGUCGCCUGCAUCGCCAACGUGCAGCAGUACAUCGACGUGGUCGAUUACGCCAAGGACUUCGAGAGGAUGGGUGGCUUCCAGGUGUUCCCCGAUCUUCUCGACUACCCCAGCUCCUUGGUUCGCGUGGAGGCUUGCGCGCUGAUCGCCGAGCUCGUGCAGAACAACCCGCACUGCCAGCGAGCGGCAUUGCUGAGCGCACGCCGGCUGAUGCGCUUGCUGGACUCCGACGCGGACGACGAGGUGCGCUGCAAGGCCCUGUACGCCCUGUCUUGCAUGGUGCGGCAGAACAGGGACGGCUACGCAAACUUCGAGAAGCUCGGAGGUCCGGCCGUGUUGCGGAGGACCCUCUUCGAAACCUCCAACAGGCGUCUGAAGACCAAGGCCAGCUUCCUCGUGGCAUCGCUGUGCGCCCAGGAGGACAGCUUCCGCGCCAAGCUCGCCGACUCGGAGUUCGCGCGCGACACGGUCGACCUGCUGCCGCGCGUCGACGGAGACUGCCGGCAGUUCCUGCUCAGCGCCCUGCUCUCUCUGGCCACGCACAGUGUCCAGCCGCUGCUGAGCGAACUGCCCUCGGUCAAGGAAGCCCUGGUCGCCAUGCUGGCCGGCUUCAUCCACGAGCACCGCGACGUAGCGCAGUUUCGGGAGGAAGUGCAGUAUUCCACCGAGAUACUGGAACUCAUGAAGGACCGCAGUCCCGAGCGCGCUCCCCUGACUACGUCUGCACAGCCCACUUGGAAAUUAGCGCCAGGUCCAGGCGCACGGCUCCGAGAUGCUGACUGCGACCAGGAGCGGCGCUGGAAGCGAGGCCGCGACCGAGACCAGGACCGAGAUCUCGACCAGGCUCCUUUCCGGGCUUCCGGGUAG